CUCGCUGUGAUCCAGGCCUCUCCCGGCGGCGGGCGCGGCGUCGAUACACUCCACACAGCAUUCACCGGCAAAUGUAUCCCCCAAAUCGGCCUCAAAUCGCAGUGUUUCCAGAUCUUCUUGGCGAGGAAGCGGCGGCAGCGCUGCUCGGUGUGCUCGAUCUCAAAUGCCGUGGGCGUGGAGAGCGCCGGCGGCGUGGAUCUGAAUCAGCGGCUGGAGAAAAUCCGGGCGGAGGAGCCGGCGCCAGCAGGGAAUGGGGUCGAAAUAUCGCAAGAACAAGGCGAUGGCGGGGAUCCAGAGGUCAGAUCGUCCGAGCACAAGAUGCGAUGGAGCAUGCUGCUCAGUAGGGAGGUGCUGGAGGACGCUCACGUCUCGCGAGCUAGCAGCGUCACUGAUGCUCACGUCUUGCGGCGCAAAGGUCGAUUGAAGGAGCAAGAUGGGCUCAUCGAGUUUAUCAUCUCGCUCCAUUCCACGCAUUCUCCCAUCCAGGUGAUGGAGAAAAUGGAGAGAUGGAUCAAAGAACACAGCGAAGAUCCCAUGCGUAGCACGCUGAGCAGAUUGAUUCCUUCCGUCGGGAGGUUCUACACACCUUUGCCUCUCGUCCGAGCUUUCCAUGAGUACGAUGAAUUUGCGUCUCUCUCGAGGAGAAGAUACGUGCCUCCAAACUUUGCAGAGAUUCGUCAUGUCAUAAACAUCGCACAGGUUCAUGCUAUUGCUGAAAAACUGGCACUGGUAACUUUUGAUGCCGAUGGUACCAUUUACUCCGAUGGUCACCACAUCGAGCGCGAUAACAAGAUGAUCGCGCACAUUAUCAAGCUAAUGCAACGUGGUAUUCACGUUGCGAUUCUCACAGCAGCUGGCUAUCCGGGAGAUCCUACAAAAUUCGAGGACCGAUUUUCUGGACUGCUUUCAGCCUUCGAAGAGCUUGAGCUUGCUUCCAGAGUCACCAGGUACUUUCAAGUCAUGGGAGGAGAAUGCAACUAUCUCCUCCGGGUGAACAACAAGUACCGGCUCGAGUUUGUCCCAGACGACAUGUGGAAGUCGAAAGAUAUGCUAGAGUGGUCGGAAGAGGGAAUCGAAGAACUCCUUGAUGAAGCCCAGGGCGCUCUCCAGUCGGCCUCCGCACGCUUGAAUUUGCCAGUUCAUUUUGUGCGGAAGCCAAGGGCCGUCGGAGUCAUCCCCAAAGUCUCGACGAUUUACGAGGUUCUGGAGGAGAUGGCUUUGACUGUUCAAGUCCAUCUGGUGGAGUCCAAGCUACCGUUUUGUGCUUUUAACGGAGGCAGUGAUGUCUUUGUGGAUGUUGGAAACAAGUCGAUCGGGCUUGGAGCUUUGAUGAAGUACCUUGGAAAGAAGCCUUACGAG